AUGAAGUUGUCUGAAUUGACAUUGAUAGCUGCGUUCGCCUCUAUCACUUAUGGCUCAUAUUUGAAUCAAUCGCUAGAAUCUGACACGCUAAGAACGCCAAUAGAACAUGCAACUGGAGACGCGACGCAAGUAGUAGACCUACCAACCAUCGCUGCCGCUUUACCACCUGAUAUACAGGAAUAUACAGCUAGCGCGUUCAAUUGGACGGUGGUGGCAAAUUAUGAAAUAUACUGUCCGGAACCGACUACUAUUAUCACUAAUGAUAAUACUUAUGUUGCCACAGAAGCAACCACGUUGACGAUCACUGACUGUCCAUGCACUGUACCAGUUGUCACUCCUCCAGUUCCCUCGGUUAUUAAACCAUCUACAACCGCUAUUCCAUCGAAAUCAGCUAUUUCAUCUCAUCCAGAGGUUCCAUCGGUGUCAUAUCCUGCACCACACGAGAAUACGACCACCGAAAUAAGUUGGGAAGUGGUCACUGAGUUUACAACCUACUGCCCGGAGCCAACCACUAUUGUCACUAACGAUAAUACUUAUGUUGUCACAGAAGCAACCACGUUGACGAUCACUGACUGUCCAUGCACUGUACCAGUUGUAACUCCUCCAGCUCCCUCAAUCGUUGUACCAUCUUCAUCCGCUGUACCACCUACAUUCAAUGCCUCAUCUACGACCGCUGUCAAGCCAUCUACUUCCGUUGUUUCUCCUUCAGAGGUCCCACCAGUGCCAUAUCCUGUACCACACGAGAAUACGACCACCGAAAUAAGUUGGGAAGUGGUCACUGAGUUUACAACCUACUGCCCGGAGCCAACCACUAUUGUCACUAACGAUAAUACUUAUGUUGUCACAGAAGCAACCACGUUGACGAUCACUGACUGUCCAUGCACUGUACCAGUUGUCACUCCUCCAGCUCCCUCAAUCGUUAUACCAUCUUCAUCCGCUGUACCACCUACAUUCAAUGCCUCAUCUACGACCGCUGUCAAGCCAUCUACUUCCGUUGUUUCUCCUUCAGAGGUUCCACCAGUGCCAUAUCCUAUCCCACACGAAAACACAACCACCGAAAUAAGUUGGGAAGUGGUCACUGAGUUUACAACCUACUGCCCGGAGCCAACCACUAUUGUCACUAACGAUAAUACUUAUGUUGUCACAGAAGCAACCACGUUGACGAUCUCUGACUGUCCAUGCACUGUACCAGUUGUCACUCCUCCAGCUCCCUCGGUUAUUAAACCAUCUACAACCGCUAUUCCAUCGAAAUCAGCUAUUUCAUCUCAUCCAGAGGUUCCAUCGGUGUCAUAUCCUGCACCACACGAGAAUACGACCACCGAAAUAAGUUGGGAAGUGGUCACUGAGUUUACAACCUACUGCCCGGAGCCAACCACUAUUGUCACUAACGAUAAUACUUAUGUUGUCACAGAAGCAACCACGUUGACGAUCUCUGACUGUCCAUGCACUGUACCAGUUGUCACUCCUCCAGCUCCAUCGGUUAUUAAACCAUCAACCGCUGUUUCAUCGCCUCCACCAGCUCCACCAACUCCUCCAACAGAUACUCCACUAACACCCUCCACUUCAUCAGCCACCGUUACAUUGACUCCAUCAAUUCCCUCAGUUAAACCAUCUACAACCGCUGCUUCAUCCCCUUCAUCAGCUCCACCAGUAUCUCCCUCUGCACCAACCACAACACUUGUAACAUCAAGCAACCCACCACAAUCUACUACCUUCGAAAUCCAGUCCGUUGCAGGUGGUUCCAAGUUGAACGUUGGUUUCGCCGGUUUGGUUGCUAUUAUAGCUCAUUUUGUACAACUGUAA